AUGUCGAUGUCUAUGUUCCGUCCUCUAGCAUGCACUGCUAUGCGAUCGUUCGCUACUGCAGCCGCUUCGGUAGCUCCUCAAAGGUUCCUCGUUGCUGUUGGCGCGAGCGACUUGAAAGGGAGUAUUGAGGCCGCUAAGAAAGCGGUGACUCUCGCGAAAUCAGGUGAUAAUGUCGAAUGUGUUUAUAUUCCAAGACCAUUUCCGGAGCAACUUCUCACGAGUAUGAGCGAUCCUGGUGCCCACAACGCGGAGGGACAAGUGUUGUUCUCGCCUGAGUUCGUCGAGAACAUCACUACGAAUGCUUGUAAUGGUAUUAUGAAGUCUGUGAAGGAAGCCGUUGAUAAGGAAGCUGAGGAGAAGGGCGUCAGCACUCACUAUGUUGUCAGGCCUCCCAGCAAUAAUGUUAAAGUUGAGCUCGCCCAGUACGUUCGUGAUUCUCUGUCCAACUACGUAGUUGUUGGUCCCAGUAGUGAUUGCACUGGUAGGAUGGGUCAGUGGCUCGCCAGGUCUGUACGUGGCGCUAGUGUUAUUGUUGUGCGUGAUAGUUGCACGCAUGCCCCAGAGUGGUAG